AUGCUUUCUGUGCAGCUAACAUCCGUUCAUACCCGACACUCACUCUCGCUGCUCUCUCUUGUCCCGUCCCCUUGUGCUCGCCCAGUCGGUCGGUCUUUAUCCGCUUUCUCUAAGAAAUAUUCUUAUUCUUCCUCAUCCUCUUCCUACCCCUCCUCGUCUUCCUCCUUGCGCCCUUCUGCCCUCCUCGUCCACAGCUCCUCUGUCCCCGUCCGAAAUACCCCUGAGAGAACUCGCUGGGCAUCAAUUCCUACCACACAAACUCGCAACAUGGCUGCGUCCCGGCGGAAGAUUGUGGUGAAGAACCCCGUGGUGGAAUUGGAUGGUGAUGAGAUGACAAGGAUUAUUUGGAAAGACAUCAAGGAUAAAGGCUUGGAGUACCGUGAUAAAACCAAUGAUCAGGUUACGAUUGAUUCCGCAGAGGCGAUCAAGAAGUAUGGGGUAGGCGUUAAAUGUGCUACUAUUACUCCAGAUGAGGAGAGAGUUAAAGAAUUCAACCUCAAGCAGAUGUGGUUGUCUCCCAACGGGACUAUCAGAAACAUCCUAGGUGGAACCGUCUUCCGUGAACCAAUUGUCAUCAACCGCGUCCCCAGGCUGGUACCAGGCUGGAAAAAACCCAUUAUCAUCGGUCGACAUGCCUUUGGCGACCAAUACCGUGCCAAAGAUACAGUUAUUCCAGGUCCCGGUACUCUCGAGCUCGUCUAUACACCCAAGGGUGGCCAGCCAGAGCGCAUCAAGGUCUUUGACUUCGAAGGCGGCGGAGUUGCCAUGAGCCAAUACAACACCGACGACUCGAUCUCCGGCUUUGCCCAUGCCAGCUUCAAACUGGCCAUCUUAAAAGGAAUGCCCCUCUACAUGAGCACCAAGAAUACCAUCCUCAAGAAAUACGACGGGAGAUUUAAGGAUAUUUUCCAGUCUAUCUACGAAUCUACUUAUAAGAAGAGCUUUGAUGCCAAGGGUAUCUGGUACGAACAUAGACUCAUCGAUGAUAUGGUUGCGCAGAUGAUCAAGAGCGAAGGCGGCUUCAUCAUUGCCAUGAAGAACUACGACGGCGACGUCCAAUCCGACAUCGUAGCCCAAGGCUUUGGCUCCCUCGGCCUCAUGACCUCAACUCUCACAACUCCCGACGGCACCGCCUUCGAAUCCGAAGCCGCCCACGGCACCGUUACCCGCCACUACCGCGAGCAUCAAAAGGGCCGCGAAACCUCCACCAACCCCAUCGCAUCCAUCUUCGCCUGGACUCGUGGCCUCGUCCGCCGCGGGCAGCUGGACAACACACCGGACGUGGUUGUGUGGGCUGAGCAGCUGGAGCAGGCGUGCAUUGAUGUUGUGGAUGAGGAGGGGAUUAUGACUAAGGACCUUGCAUUAGCGUGUGGGAGGAAGGAUCGGGCAGCGUGGGUGACGACGAGAGUGUAUCUGGAGGCGGUUGAGAGGAGGUUGCAGAAGAAUUUAGCGAACGCGAAGUUGUAG